CAUGGCACACGGUCUGGCCAGGCGGGAGUCCGUGGAGACGGAGAUGCGUAAAUCCGAAGACCAAAGCAAAGCCUUCGUUUACACCAAGAAGAGGGGAUAUGACGUUACCCGCAACCCCCACCUGAACAAGGGCAUGGCCUUCUCCCUGGAGGAGCGCCUGCAGCUAGGGAUCCAUGGCUUGCUGCCACCCUGCUUCAUCAGCCAGGACGUCCAGCUGCUUCGAGUGCUGAAGAACUAUGACAUGAAGAAAGAUGACCUGGACAGAUAUGUGUUUCUGAUGGGCCUCCAGGACCGUAAUGAGAAGCUGUUCUACAGGGUGCUGACAUCAGACAUAGAGCGAUUCAUGCCCAUUGUUUACACCCCUGUAGUGGGUCUGGCAUGCCAGCAAUAUGGGCUAACAUUCAGGAGACCCAGGGGGCUUUUCAUCUCUAUUCAUGACCGCGGCCACAUCUCUACCCUGCUCCAGAGCUGGCCAGAAAAGGACAUCCGAGCCGUGUGUGUGACAGAUGGAGAGAGGAUCCUGGGGCUAGGAGACCUAGGCUGCUACGGCAUGGGCAUCCCUGUGGGCAAGCUGGCCCUCUACACAGCCUGCGGAGGCAUGCCGCCACAGCAGUGUCUGCCUGUCAUGCUGGAUGUGGGCACUGACAAUGCGGAGCUGCUGAAGGACCCUCUCUACAUCGGGCUGAGGCAUAAGAGAGUACGAGGCCAGGCCUAUGACGAUCUGCUGGAUGAGUUUAUGAAGGCUGUGUCAGACAGAUAUGGAAUGGAUUGUCUCAUUCAGUUUGAGGACUUUGCCAAUGUCAAUGCUUUCCGUCUGCUGAGCAAGUACCGCAACAAGUACUGCAUGUUCAAUGACGAUAUCCAAGGCACAGCCGCAGUGGCGGUGGCGGGGCUCCUCGCUGCUCUCUGCAUAACAAAGAGCAAAAUGUCUGACCAUACCAUCCUGUUCCAAGGUGCAGGAGAGGCAGCAAUGGGGAUAGCUGAACUGAUCACCAUGGCAAUGGAGAAGGAGGGGCUUCCUAAGGAGGAGUGUCUGAAAAAGAUCUGGAUGGUUGACUCAAAGGGUCUCAUUGUGAAGGGUCGAGACCACCUCACUGCAGAGAAGAAGAGGUUUGCUCAUGAGCACCCGCAGAUGAAAAAAUUGGAAGAUGCGGUUCAGGACCUCAAACCUACAGCAAUCAUUGGUGUGGCAGCCAUUGCUGGGGCCUUCACAGAACAGAUUAUCAGGGAUAUGGCUUCCUUUAAUGAACGACCAAUCAUCUUUGCCCUCAGCAACCCGACCAGCAAAGCCGAAUGCACUGCUGAACAGUGUUACACAAUCACAGAGGGCCGGGGCAUCUUUGCUAGUGGGAGUCCAUUUGACCCUGUGACCCUGCCGGAUGGCAGGAAGUUCUACCCUGGACAGGGGAACAAUGCCUAUAUCUUCCCCAGUGUGGGCCUGGGCAUCACGGCUUGUGGCAUUCGUCAUAUUACUGAUGAAAUCUUCCUCACCACAGCAGAGGCCGUUGCUGACUUGGUGACAGAGAAGGACCUAGCAGAAGGAAGACUGUACCCUCCUCUCCCCUCCAUCAGGGAGGUCUCCCACAAACUGGCAGUCAAGAUAAUGGAGUACGCUUAUGAGCACAAAAUGGCGACACUUCGCCCAGAGCCAGCUGACAAGGAUGCAUACAUCCGCUCUCUAAUCUACAGCACCGACUAUGAGGAGUUCACCGUGGACUCAUACCGGUGGCCAGAGGAUGCCAUGACCUUCCAGUCCUGCAAACUCUGAUGCAGACAGACAGAUAAACAAAGGCAACAGCACUCGCCUUCGCACAAGGGCAAUUACUGAAGUACAAACAUUUCACCAGCAGGGAUGCUGGGACUCUAAAGAGGCUAUGUGUUGAAUUUUUUCACAUAUAUUGCUGUAAAACUUAGUUGUUAAAACACUUUCUAAUGGGUCACCUUUAACAGCGGUGAUAUAUGUUUCAUGCCUUCAUUUGGUCCUCGCUAGCAGUUCUUGGGCUCUUUUUUCCGACCAACAGUUCUUUCAGGAGAAAAUAGAUAAGCAACUGAUAAAAUGCAGAAAGCUGGGGAACUCUAAAACUAUGCUAGGGGGGAGCAGAUAAUAUCUAUAGAAAGUGAUGCCAAUGGUUGUUAAUUUUACAAUUAUAUAUUUAGAGAAAAUCCUUCACAGGUGACCUUUAACUGUACUGUAAUGGAACUCAUUUUAUGACUAUGUCAAAGAAUUCCUAAAAUAGAUAUUGUAAAAUAAACAUUUUCAUUGAUGUAA